AGAAGAAACCCUAAGAAAAACCCUGCCAGAAAUUUCAGUUUUUUGACGAACUAACUGAUUCUUUGUGAUCGGAAAACAUGGUGGUUGGUCUAAGAGAGUUCACACUCAGAACCGGAGAUGGCUCCGGAAAACCGGUACUAGACGAAUCUAACGGCGAGGAACUUAUGCACGUUCAGACUUCCGUCGCCGUCGCUCUCGGAAACCGUCCCGUUGAGUCUCCCGGAACUCUCUACAUAACUUCCAGGAAAUUAAUUUGGCUGAGCGAUGUAGACAUGGCUAAAGGUUAUGCAGUUGAUUUCUUAUCGAUAUCGCUUCACGCUGUUUCUCGAGAUCCUGAGGCUUAUUCUUCUCCUUGUAUCUAUACUCAGAUUGAAGUUGAAGAAGAUGAGGAUGAUGAGUCUGAUACUGAAUCUACUGAAGUUUUGGACUUAUCAAAGAUCAGAGAGAUGAGGCUUGUUCCUUCUGACCCUUCCCAGUUGGAGACGCUGUUCGAUGUAUUCUGCGAGUGUGCUGAGCUGAAUCCUGAACCAGUUGAAGAAGAAGAAGAAGAAAGUGGACAUAAUUGGGUGUUUAGUGCUGAUCAGAUGGAUGUUCGUGGAGGAGCAGAUGAAGAUGCAGAAUGGCAAAUAUCUCAGAGUCCGACAAGUGUAAUUGGUCAUUCCAAUGGAGAUGAAGGUCUUGCUCAGCCUAUGCUUGAGCUCCAAAUCAAUGAUCAGAGGUUUGAGGAUGCUGAAGAGAUGGUUCAUGAAAGUGAGACCAAGGAUCACUAAACAGUUCACAAUUGUACUCGAAAACAUAGUUAUGUUUUAUUUUAAUGAUCAAAGAGUUGUACUAUGCUAAACUAUAAAAUUAUUAUGUUAUU